AUGACCCAACAGUCGGUUGGUUCGCCCCGCCGUCGGCUGGACCUACACAAGGAGCUGACCUUCCAAAGGGAAAUCAUGAAACUGCGAAAGGCAUUUCUAAAUGUAUACACCUUGGAGCUAUUUUAUAAAAAAAACUUAAAAAUAAAAAAUGAAUACUUGAACAUGAUAAAAAGAAGGGAUAGGGAGGAAGGAGAAAGGAAUCCUCGUGGAAGGACGAUGCGACAAAGGGUAAGGUGUAUUAACCGCAAGUUUUUGAAGGCACAUCAAAUGAAGGGACAGCAUUACCAUGAGGAGGGAGUGGAGCUAAAGAGACAAGUCUGUUUCCUCGAGAAGGAAAUUAUGAACAGGUUUCUCUUCAGCUUGCACAUUGAUCAGUCUAACUUUUCAUUUGACGCGAAUGACACUUAUCUUUAUUGGUUGUUUGUCCGGUUCGUGCGGCGCGUCCAUGUUGGUUCGCGGAAGGGAAACACGAUUGGUUGUAUGAAUGACCACACAAAGGACACUGCUCCCCUUUUCUGCGACGCCCGAUACGUUAAGCAAUUUUGUGCAUUCAUCGCACCACUUGUGAAGCGGCACAGGGCGAAUCCCCAUUUCACAUUUCUACAGCAGUAUGUGCAGAGAUUGGACUUUGCCCCCAGGAGAAAGACGAGGCACAGGGGGAGGGAAAAAAACUCCUCAUGGGGAACGUCCCUCCGUUACCACAGCAUGCACGUUGGCAAUCACAAACAUGGUCAUCACCAAAAAGGGAAUUGCAAACGUAUGAGGAGUAGCAGCAGCAAAAUUUCUUCACACUGCAUGAUGACGCUCUCCAUUUGUCCACAACACCCCACGUAUAAUUUGUCCCUGCACAGGAAGAGCACAAGAUCAUCCCCCCUCAGUGUACAUAGAGUUAGCCUCAAAUUCAGGACGCACCAACUGAAAGUGAACGUGGCAAAAGUCAAGCACGCCGUUGGAAAAUAUAUUCUGGGCCAGUUAUAUGAAAAUUCAUUAAAUUCCAUUUUCAGCUCCCUGGUGAGUAAAAGCAGUCAAUUUAAAUGCAACUUGUUGGGGGCGGGCACUUCUAGCGAUUGCCAUUGUUGUGGGGAGGAGGCGGUCUUCUCGGGGGCCAAGUCCCACUUGGAAGAAAGCUCUUGUGACACGAGUGAACCGACCCACAGUGCCAUUGUGCAAUGUCUGCAGGUGUUUUUCACACCAGUGCAUGAAUAUAGUAGUGUGAAGACAAGGGACGAGUUAAUUUUGCUCCUAAAUAAUUUCCGCAACGUGCUGGAGGAAGACGUGAGGAAGCUGCUCCACAUGACCGCCGUGAAUAUUUCUCCCCUGUGUGAGCAUCUGCCCCUUGGGUACCUCUUCCCUGUGUUUCUUUUUUAUUUCCUUUUUUUAAACAUCCCCUUGGGGAGUUGUAAAAUGGGAGUAGGUCAUUUGUCCUGCUCGUUUGAAGCAACUACUCCGAAGCAAUGCAAUAUUGAAGAAGACGAAACUCAUAAUGUUGAGUAUGCAGACCGAUGUAGUGAUGACCCCCCCAGGUGUCUCCUCUGUUUGUACGAAGCAUUAAGGAGGAACAAAAAUAUGACCCCACUGCAGAAAAAAAAAUGGUUAGUCUUCUUCGUGUUGGAUAGCUUGAGGAAAAGUUACGUCAAGCCUGUCGACCAGGAGGAAUCCAUUUUGAGUCUUUACUUUAACAGCGUCGUGAACAGUGCGUGUAUGCCCCGCGAGGGGGAAUUGAAGCGUAUAUUAUAUAAAGAGGGAAAACGAGAUGAAGGAACCCAUCACCACUCUCCCCUUUGCUACUAUCCAUGGAGGAGACAUAACACUCGGAAGCGGCGCAAAGUGAGGGAGGGGGAAGAAAUGAACUCGGUUAAGACGGAGAAGUGGCCCAGGCGCCACAACGUCGAGCGCAUUUUCCAACGUUGCUUCGAACGGUUAAACAGGACGGAAUCCUUUUUAGGCCACCUCGAUCAGUUCAUAAAUCCCAAGGGGAGUAAUCCCCUUAAUGUAGACUGCCAAAAGGGGAAAAAAAAAAAAAUAUAUAUCACGUGCAAUUGUGCUAUGUAUUCACCUCCAUGCGAAUUGUAUUGUGUGCCACCACCAAGUGGGAGAGGAGGCCAAUCGGUCAGGUGGCUCUUCGGAGGAAACACAGCAAAGGAGAACAACUCUUCAAACCGGAUUAGCAAAAAAGGGGGUGUAAAUAGUACAGUAAAAAAAACGCACCCACUAGGUUUAUCCAAUCAGUUACAAGACAAACAAGGAGUCCUCCCCCAGGCUACCCUUUUACAUGAAUACCUGCUUAGUGAAGAGAAAAUAUUCUUAGACAAUUUGAAGGCAUUCUUACGUCCCUUAUUGAAUGCCUUAUAUAAAAAGAGCAUCGUGCGUAUGAACAUGUAUUUUUAUUUGUGCAUGGUCCACUCGUUUCUUACACUUCGAAGGGCGGGCAUCUCACCAAAGUGCAUGAGUCGUAAGGGAAGAGAAGCGUUAUACGCGACGACACACACAGUGACGUCCACUACACGUAUAAGAAGACAUCUCUCCGGAGAAUACCAACGGGGACGUCCUUGCAAACCCGUUGAGGAUUACCUCGCAUGGAAGUUCGAUCGAGCUGUGUACCUGCUAUGCACACGCAGUGGAAGCAGUGCAAUCGCAAAGAGGAGGCUAAGGGGAACCACCUCGUAUAUGCAAAACUGUGUGAAGAACAUCAACGUGAGGCUGCUCCUGUUGGUGUAUCGAAUGGCCAACGCGGCGGAUGUGCAAACCUUUGGUGGGGUCACCACGCACGUGAGCAGAGGAUCCAAUCUCGCCCUCCACAGAAGAAGCAACACACUUGCCCAAACGAUAAGUAGAGCAGCAUGCGGCAAAAUAAACACAAAAAGGCAGCGCAGGAAGAAUGUCCGUCCAUACAUACGCAUGUUGCUUAAAAGUGCACCGAUUCAAAACUACAAUAUGUAUGAACACUUGCAAGGAGACUGUUUCUACAUUCAGAGAAAAAAUGAUUUCGUUAUUUUUAAUUUAAGAUCCAAAGAGGGGGAGAAAAACGGGGGUGAUUCUCCAAAUGUGUACUACCCAUUUAACGGGACCAAUUAUUUCGUUCAUCAAAAGGACUACAGGACAAGGAGGACAUAUAAAAUAAAGUGCGUAAAUGUGUGUCUGCUAUUUUAUAGGUACUGCUUUUUUUUUUAUACGAGAAAUCCUCUUGUGUUUUCGUUCCUCCUUAACCGUGUGUUUUGCGUCUGCGCUGGGUGCUUGGGUAGGUACCUGGUGCUGGACAGGGUUGCCAAUUCCGGCACCCCCCACUCGGAAGACGCAACAACUCAUGACUGUUUUUACAAGCAAAUCGGGAUGCUCAUAAAAAACCGAAAGAACAUUUUCGUGCGUUACUUCAACUUUCUGGUUCUCUUCCUCAUCAUGCGAUACCACACAUUGAUUGGAAGUGUCCGCCACUCGGGGUUGCAGAGCUGCGUGCCGAAGCGCAUAAUGACCCUGCUGCGAAGAAAGCUGAACAUCAAACGGGAGUGCUUCUCCUCCCCCCUGAACGCAAUUUUGCCAUCCUACUGCUCCUUCUUCCCAGACAUUGAUACAUUUUUCGGGAGCUCGGGUAACUUCUUUGAGUUUCCUUUGCGCAGCGGAGCUUACGAAGUGAACCCCCCGUUCGAUGUGUACCUAAUUAACCAAGUGAUCGUGUACAUUUUGCACCACUUAAAUAAGGAGGAGCACGAGCUGACGUUUUUUCUGGUUAUCCCGAUGCUGCAAGACAAGAAUUACCUUUUCGAGUUGCUCUUUGGGUCUCCACACUUGUCCGCUCACUUUUUGUUGGCGAGAAAUUCUUACACCUUUUCGACGAGACUGUUGGAGAGCAGGGAAGAAGAGUACAUUUCUACAUGCGACUGCUGCGUUUUUAUUUUGCAAAAUGAAAAGGCAAAAAUUCAAAAGGGGUUAAUUAACAAGAAGGUUGUGUUGAAAAUAAAGAAGAAAUGGGAAAAUCUGAGUCACAUUAAACAAAAAAAAAAGGAAUAA